CGCGAGCAGCGAGCGGUGCUACGGAACACGCAACCACCACCAUGAGGACUUUGAUCGCGUUCGUGUGCGGGGUGCUGGCAGCGGUGGCGGCGCAGCAGUUCCAGCAGCCCUACCAGUACACCACGCCCAUCCCCAUCAUUAGGCUCGACAACGUGGUCAACCCCGACGGCUCCUUCUCGUACACCUACGAGACGGGCAACGGCAUCCAGGCGCAGGCGCAGGGCUUCCUGAAGAACGCCGGCAACCCGCAGCUGGAGGGCCAGGCCGUGCAGGGCAGCUUCGCGUACCGCGGCCCCGACAACGUGGUCUACGCCAUCCAGUACAUCGCCGACGAGAACGGCUACCAGCCGCAGGGGGCCCACCUGCCCACUCCGCCGCCCAUCCCCGCCGAGCUGCAGCGCGCCUACGAGCUGGCCUCCAGGGACCCCGACCCCAACGACAACGGCCAGUACGACCCCCGGCGCUACGGUCGCAAGUAGACCGAGUAGGCGCCUGGGCAAAGCCAGGGCAAAGCCAGGGCAAAGCCAGGGCACAGCCACCACCCCGUCAACGCCAGUGUCGCCAGGAAC